UCCCUGCUGCACGUGUCCCUGCAGGGCGAGUUCCAGAGGAAGCUGUACAAGGAGCUCGCCAGGAACUACAACCCCCUGGAGAGGCCCGUGGCCAACGACUCGCAACCGCUCACCGUCUACUUCUCCCUGAGCCUCCUGCAGAUCGUGGACGUGGAUGAGAAGAACCAAGUCCUGACCACCAACAUCUGGCUGCAGAUGUCCUGGACAGAUCACUAUUUGCAGUGGAACGUGUCGGAAUACCCGGGCGUGAAGACCGUGCGCUUCCCAGACGGCCAGAUUUGGAAGCCGGACAUCCUUCUCUACAACAGCGCUGACGAGCGGUUCGAUGCCACGUUCCACACCAACGUCCUGGUGAACUCCUCCGGCCACUGCCAGUACCUGCCUCCAGGCAUCUUCCGCAGCUCCUGCUACAUCGAUGUGCGCUGGUUCCCCUUCGACGUGCAGCAGUGCAAGCUCAAGUUCGGGUCCUGGUCCUACGGCGGCUGGUCACUGGACCUGCAGAUGCAGGAGGCGGACGUCAGCGGCUACAUCCCGAACGGAGAGUGGGACCUCGUGGGCAUCCCGGGCAAGAGGAACGAGAGGUUCUACGAGUGCUGCAAGGAGCCCUACCCCGACGUCACCUACACGGUGACCAUGCGCCGCCGCACGCUCUACUACGGCCUCAACCUGCUCAUCCCCUGUGUGCUCAUCUCGGCGCUGGCCCUCCUGGUGUUCCUGCUGCCCGCCGACUCCGGGGAGAAGAUCUCCCUUGGGAUCACAGUCCUGCUGUCACUCACCGUCUUCAUGCUGCUGGUGGCCGAGAUCAUGCCGGCCACCUCCGACUCGGUGCCCCUGAUAGCCCAGUACUUCGCCAGCACCAUGAUCAUCGUGGGCCUGUCGGUGGUAGUGACCGUCAUCGUGCUGCAGUACCACCAUCACGACCCCGACGGCGGCCAGAUGCCCAAGUGGGUACGUCCCACACCACACGAGGCUCCCUGGGCUCGCCUGCCGCUUUGUGCGAUUGCUGGAGGGUGGGUGCACUCAGCAGAGAGACAGAGAGGGAGAGACAGAGGGAGAGGGAGAGAGCACCCGGCCAGUGCCUUCCCCAUAGGGUCUGGGGCACGCACGCUGUGUGUUUCAAGCUGCAGGGGUCAGCACUGCGGCCAGCCAUGUGGUGUCCGGCCCCCGGCCUGCCAGGCUGCGGUGCUGGCCCAGCGGCUUCUCAGCAGAGUCACACCCAGAGCGGGCGCUCUGCGUAGGCAUCCCCCCUCCACCCCCAACAGCGGCCUCAGCUCAGGAAGCGCUGCUCUUCCUCCCAGGGUGUGUCCGCGCACAUGUGGAAUUAUGAGCUGGCUUCACAGUCACGGAAAAUACGCGGAGCACCUGCUGCACGGCCAGCCCCCCGAGGGCGAGGGCGACCCUGACCUGGCCCGGAUCCUGGAGGAGGUGCGCUACAUCGCCAGCCGCUUCCGCAGCCAGGAGGAGGGUGAGGCCGUGUGCAGCGAGUGGAAGUUCGCUGCCUGCGUGGUGGACCGCCUGUGCCUCAUGGCCUUCUGCGUCUUCACCAUCAUCUGCACCAUCGGCAUCCUCAUGUCGGCCCCCAACUUCGUGGAGGCUGUGUCCAAGGACUUCGCCUAGCCCGCUCCGAGCUCGGGGGCUGCGCCAACCGGCCAGCCACGCCUUUCUGGCUCUCUGCCAGGGAGCGGCUCUUUGCUUUGAGGCUGGGCCGGGCCGGCCAUCACGCUGGGCACACCCGUGCCCGCAGGGUGCAGAGGUGCUGGUCACUCGCCCUCCUCCGGGAGACCCCGGGGCAGCAGGCGGGGGAGGCCGGUCCUGGGCGGUGCAUGUGUGCAUGUGUGCUGGGAGGCCACACGGAGACCACCUUAGCCUCUUGCCUGUGUAGGAGCCAGUGCCAGUCAUGAACCGGCCUGACGGACUGCCAGGGGAAAGCAAGCCGCACUAGAAGCUAUCUGCUGGCUUUUCCUCUGCAAAGACAGCUGGUGGAGAAAAAGACGAGAGAAAUAAGUUUCCCUGUUUCUACAGCAGAGGGAGGGCAGAGAGGGAGCACUCACUGGUCCUGAAAACUGCUCCUCCCAGCCUGUUUCUGAG